AUGUUCUUAAUACUGUCCUGUACCCUAUUCAUCCCAUCGUGCCUGGGAGCACCUCGAGACCCUGCCCUCCGGCUAGCACAACGCGACCCUUUCGAUCACAUGUACUACGCAGCGAAGGGCGACUGGGUCUGCGACAGGAGUCAACUUCGAAUAAUCAAUGCAGCCAUUUCAGAAACACAAGCAAUCGCUAGACAAGCUAUCAAUGUUCUCGCAGUCCCAGGGGCCGAAACUUCAGAAGCAUACCAAACCUGGUUUGGGCCGUCGAAUGCCAAUAGUUACAGAAAGAAUCAAAUCAUAACGCACCACUACCGUAUUGCAUCUCAAAACCUGCGGCAGCCGUCGACGCCGGUUACAUUCGACGUAGGAGGCACACCGCAAUAUCGAGUAGCAGGCCACGCACCGCCUGUCACGAGGAAUUCCAUUGUCUACGGUUGCAUCGAUCCAUUCUCCAGUCGGCACUUAUGCUCGAACACUGUGGCUGCUGUCGUCAGCGCAACGGCACAUAAGGCAAGCUAUCUGGAUGCCACAGUGAUUUACUUUUGCCCCAGCUUCUUCAGCUCAAGCAUCAUUUCUGAAACACAAAUGAAGAAUCAGUGGAGACAAGGGCGAGAUGCUAAGAUGUCUCGAGGCAUGGUCCUGCUCCAUGAGCUUCAGCACAUGGCAAUUGCUACAACAGACAAUGAGGACUGUGUAGACUUGAGCUAUGAUUCAGCAAGCUGCGCAUCUUUACCAGACAAUCAGAAAAUACAGAAUGCCCAAAACUACGCUUAUUUUGCUCUUGAUGUCUUAGCUAAUCCUACAAAGGGAAAGCCACGUUAG